AUGUUUCUGUCUCCGGAUCGCGACCUGUCGCCCAGAUCGCCCGAUCUCGGAGGACACACCCCAGCGGUCCCCGAUCGGCCUGGGUCUCCGCGCCAUUUAGAUCAUCCCGGAUCGCAGAUCCCUCGUCUGCAGGACAAGUUCAAACCUGCUCCAUCGUCUUAG